CAGCAAGUUUGCACAACUGCCCUCGGCAAUUCGUACGUAAGCCGUUUUCGUAAAAGCUCAGGAAGUAGACUCCUACCGACUGUCUUUUCUUGCUCGAAUCAUGCCUUCUGCAGAGUUUGUUGGAAAGUUCAACGAGAUGGGACAAUUCCGGGUUUGCAUACAUUUUCUCAUGGUCAGCUUCGCUUUCGCUGGAAUACACUGGACAUACCAUGAUGGAGGCCUUGACCAGAUGCACUGGGCAGAGAAAUAUCCAGCAUGUGGGGGGCGAAGUCAGUCUCCAAUUGAUAUUCAGCGCCGGAAUGUGCGGCACAAUCCACACUUAAUUCAGCUGGAGCUCACUGGCUAUAACCAGCAGAGGGGGCAAUUCCUCAUGACAAACAAUGGCCACUCAGUACAAAUUGAUCUUCCCCCAACAAUGAAGAUCACCGAGGGACUGCCAGACACCUAUACAGCCGUUCAGAUGCACCUGCACUGGGGGGGCUGGGACCUGGAGGCUAGUGGAGCAGAGCACACACUGGAUGGCAUUCGCUACAUGGCUGAGCUACACAUUGUCCAUUACAACUCUGAGAAGUACAGUAGCUUUCAGGAGGCUGUGGACAAAUCAGACGGGCUCGCUGUACUAGCAUUUUUCUAUGAGGAUGGGCAUUUUGAAAAUACUUACUACAGUGAUUUCAUCUCCAACUUGGCUAAAGUUAAAUAUGCUGGGCAGGCCAUGAAUAUUUCCACGCUUAAUGUGCGUUCCAUGUUGCCGGAGAACCUGUCCCAAUACUUCAGGUAUCAUGGCUCCUUGACCACACCCCCAUGCUAUGAGAGCAUCCUGUGGACGGUGUUUGACACACCCAUCAUGCUCUCACACAAUCAGAUCCGAAAACUAGAACACACGUUGAUGGAUCUUGAGAACAAGACCCUAUGGAAUGACUACCGAAUUGCACAGCCUCUCAAUGACCGCGUAGUAGAGUCUUCCUUCCUGCCCCGACUAGGGAAAGGCACAUUUUGUCGACAGGAAGAAAUUGAGUCCAAGUUGCUAAAGAUCGAGGGGCUGCUGAACAACCUGGGCAAGCACAUACAUGCAGGUUCUGAUGAAGAAAAGCCACCCCAAGGGCCACGAGUCAUCACUCCACUGGUGCUUCAGUUUGUUGAGAAGAAGGUGGAGAGCUACACUCUGGUGCACACCACACACACCAUGGCCCUGCAGGCCUUCACCGCUUGCAUGCAUGUGCGCAUUGCUCCCAGUGCUGUACAGACUGUCAUCUCGUACUCCAGCUCCAGGAACGACAAUGAGCUCAUGAUUUCUGUGGGAUUCGAAGUGGGCCUGUGGAUUGGUAACCGGUUUGUCAAUUUUCCUCUGGAGCAGCAUUCCUCUGACUGGGUGAAUUACUGUGUAACAUGGGUGUCGCACACAGGCAGCAUACAAUUGUCUGUUAAUGGCAUGAUGGGAGAACAACAGAACUUCCAAAGCGGGUAUGAGAUGCAGCCUGGUGGCAUCCUCAUUUUGGGUAAGGAUCAGGAUGGUUUUCUGGGAAUCUCUGACUUUAAUGCCUUCGUCGGCCACAUGACAGAUAUCAAUGUGUGGGAUUAUGUGCUCAGUCCUGGACAAAUUCGAGAGCAGGCAGUGUGUGGGAACAGCACCCAGAGGGGAAAUGUGCUGAACUGGGGUGUCACCCCACUUAGCUUGUAUGGGGGUGUGCGAUUGGGUUUGGACCACCGCUGCCCAUGAUUGGUUACCCUCUAGACACUGGCCAUAUUUCUGUCAUGCUAACAGAACAGCAAAUGGAGCCUCGUCAUUUUGCAGGCCAAAAUAUAAAGCUCUAUAAAGUUAUAUAUAAAGUUUUUAAAGCCAAAAAAAACAUGAGAAUGCAACUUCUGUCAUUUAAAUUAUGAUUACUAGGGGUGCAAAUGAAUCGAUUAUUAAGGUGGUGAUUCAGUUCAUCAAUCUGCAAUGUCACAAUGGAAUUUUUGGAGUAAAAUAAAGAUACAAAGUAGCAGUGUCAUCACAACAAUUUCUUAAAUUUAGAAUGGCAGAGCAAGGCUUAUUAAUAUUCAUAAAGGAAGCACUACCUGAUGAUCUUUGCACUGCGACUCCUUUUGGAAACUUGUCCCUGUUUUACAGUGCAGACUCUCUCUAAUAGUUAAGAUAAUCUUUGCACUACAAUGCUUUUGAGAAACGCCUCUGUGUUGCACAGCAAAGAUACCAUAGCAGUGAUCAAGACCCUAAGGUGGAUAACAAACUAAGUAAAAAAUAAUGUUGGCCUUAGAAAUGCAUGAAAUAUUGGUUAACAUAUCGGUAUCAGCCAAUAUUUAAGAAAAAUCAAGAUAGGCAAAGGUUCGAUGUGUCAGUCUUGGCCAAUAUUGCCUGCCAAUAUUUUAACUUUAUUAAUAUUUAAAAUUAGCAGUACCCGAGCUAAAGACAGAACUAAAAAUAGGUCUCAAAGUACUGGCCAGAGACAUGUUUAUAAUUCAGUAGCAAAUCUGACCUACAGAUCUAUCUUUUGUUUUCCACAGAAUAAAAAGCAAUAUGAUGCCAUUCCAAUAAACUGUACUGGCAAGCUCGGCUUUCACCCCUAGCACCCCUCCCCCAUCAGGUAGCACUCCUUUGAUAUGUUUAGUUUUUUUUAAUAUACAGUUCAGUAGUUUUGACACUUUUACACUGGUGUGUUUUCCCUAUUUAAUAAUAACAAUAAAAAUGAUUGUCAUUCAUUAAAUUAAUGACUUUCAGUGACGUUAAGAAAAGGUAUGAAGUUAUGUUAUAAAACAUAAUUGAAUAAUGAUUUAAUUGAAUCAAAUUGUGAUAAAAAUCAAACAAGUUGAUACGUUGAAUCGUUCCCUCAGUAAUUGUAAUAGAAUCGAGUCACCUUAGGGCCUAUGAUUUACACUCCUAAAAUAUGUGAUAUGUAACACAUAUACUUAUCAAAUACAACUUUUUACUUAACUAGUGGAUUCAUUUACUCAGGAACGUAGCUAUUCCUAUGUGUUCAUGUAUCAAUAAGCGAUCAAGUUAAUGCUACCGCAAACUCAGUUUUCAUUCAUGUCAUUUUGUGUUGAAUGGCAGGUCUACCGUCCUUUAUAUAUAAGUAUGCAUCAAAUUUUAAGAUUGCUUCUAUGUUUCUCUUUUAAAAUAAAACUCACAAAUUCUUUUGAAAA